CAAGAUUUCGAGCUCGCGAACGCGCAUAAAGCACACCUCCAGGCGCCUCCACCCAGAAAUACUCUAAGCCGCAACGAUGAGUUUCGUCCCCAUCAACCCGCGGCCCAUGCUGCAAAGUCUAGUUAACGAGGAAGUCAUAAUACGCCUGAAAUGGGGCCAGACAGAGUACAAGGGCCGUCUAGUCAGCAUAGACAGCUAUAUGAAUAUCCAACUGUCGGGUGCGGAGGAGUACAUUGAUCAACAAAUGACCAGUGCUUUGGGUCAAGUUCUCAUCAGGUGUAAUAAUGUCCUAUGGAUCCAAGCCGCAAAUCAAAACAACGGAAACGCGGACACGAAGAUGGAAGGAUGA